CGGGAAAAGGGUAAAGAAACUCUUGCCGGAGAUCUCCGAGAAAAUCCAAGCAGCCGUCGAUUUCGGCACGGACACCGGGGAGUUCCGGAUCGCGGGGGACGUCACGACUCUGUGUCCCAGCAGUAUCGUAGGAAAAAAGUGUUUGCGUUACAGUUACACACAUAGUAUAUGCAGGCCAAGCACUACAGAGAAGCUCUGUCAUGCCGGAUAUGCAUAUGAGCCUUGCUUCCUACUCCUACAGGUUUUCCCAUAGGAUUUCUGCAUUGCAAGCUUUCUCUCUCAUGCAGAGACAUUUGUGUUGCUGAAUUGACAACAAAUGUGUAACUGUCUAACACUUUUUUCCUUCGAUAAGUAGCUUCGCGAAUCUGUUGGAGAUCCACUCGAGAGCAACAUCUACUUCGGGAGCCGCGUAUCAACUGUAAAAAUGUCUGGGUCUGGGAACUUGUGAUGCUGGGUGGCGUCUCAUGAUGAGGCUACAAAUGCUGGCGCAGCGUGACAAGUUUCUGAGCUCCUAGGUGUUGCCUAUUCUGCAUGACAAACUGCGCUUCUGCAUCACAGAAAAGCGGAGCUCUUGGGUAACGUGCAUGACAGAUUUAAGAGUCAUGCCAGACAAGCAUGACAAACGUGAAUUCUUCCAGACCCAGACACUUUUACAUUUGAUACCGCGGCAGCAUCUAGUGCUUCGGGAGGAGGAGGAGGAGGCUCAUCAUCUUCUGCCGUUAUUUCUACUUCGGAGAAGAACGAAAAUGUUGAGAAAGAACCCGAAACCCUGAUCGCCGAGUACACCUUUACGGCGAAUCCGGGCGAAAACGCGAAGGCGGCUGGGACGGAAUUCUCUACGGUCGAUUUGGAAAAUUCCGUGAAGUCUGGGUUCCAGAACGCGAAGACUUUUGAAGAGGACUUGGGGACGACGAUCACCAGCAUGGAAGUCUCCGCUAAAGUUCACUAUCAAAUAAUGCAAAUAUGUCUGGGUCUGGAAACUUGUGAUGCAAGAAAGGGAAUAGUGAACUCACUAUAAUGCGCUGCCAAGCAUGACAAGUUUUUUCCAUGGUUCUGAGUUGCGUACUCCGCAUGAGAAACUGCGGUUUUGCAUGACAGGGAGGCGGAGCUCUUCGCGGCCAUGCAACACAGAUUCCCGAGUCAUGCCAGACAAGCAUGACAAACUUGCAUUCUUGCAGACCCAGACAUUUUUACAUUUGAUAUUCACUCCCAAGAGACGAAAGUUCGCGAGGAGCUUUCCGUUUCCAUCACGGGGGACAAUUUGUUCCCAACGACAGCUGCACCUCCGCCGGUCGUGGUGGAACAGACGAACGGAACCACUCCUGCGCCACUGGACACUGAUUCGCAGAAAAUGAUGAAGGAGCUGAAGUUCCAAAUCAGCGGCGGGGUGGACGAGCAAACGGCGGACAAGUUUGUGAAGGAUUUGGUGAAAAACAUCACGUCCGCAAAGUCGCCAAAAGUGUUUCGCACCGGGGAGAAUUUCGUCUGUGAAUACCUGAAAGUGGAUUUGACACCCGGGAAGGAAGCGAAGUUCUCGAUGGCCAUGGCGGUGGAGAAGGUGAAAUUUGAGUCCACGGUGCAUGUAUGCAUUGCAAAUAUGUCUGGGUCUGGAAGACAGUAACUUGUGAUGCUAAAUCUGCAUCAUGCUAAGAUCUGUGUUGCAUAAGUGCCAAAAGCUUUCCACUUUCGACCAAGUUGGGAGCGGGUUUCUCAUGCAGGACAGGCAUGACAGAGACCUCGCAGAGUUUGUCAUGCUAGACCCCGCAUUUUUCCAGACCUCAUGGCUCAUAGAAAACCUGCAUGACAAGUCUGGCAUUCUUCCAGACCCAGACACAUUUGCAAUGCAUAGCAUGCGAGCCUCGAAAUCCCGGUUGGGCAGACCUGUAGCGACGCCUUGGAGCAAGUCUCGAAGGAGGAGCUGGUGCAGGACAUCCAGAAAGCAACCUUGUUGACGAAAUCACAAAUCGUCAUCGAGCAAUUGACCUGCCUCGGUGGGCCGUCGUUUUUGCAAACAAGUGAGGUUCCCGUCGGCUUAAUUUGGUUGUUCGAGGACGAACGAAAGACGGCGGACGCGAUCGUACGGGUAAGAGAUCAGAAAAAAACUCAAGACACGACGGAAUUCCCCGUGUUGCUAGCGUUGAAGGGGGAGGUUGCAAUUCUCUCCGCGGAUGAGGAGCAGUGCGUGGAGAACUUGAAGCACGGAAUUCCGAACGCAUUGAAAACGGGAAAGGCUUUGCAGGGGAUUUCGGCGACGGCUACCGAGGUGGAAACAGAGGCGAGCAUUACAGGACGAUCUGGUCUUCCAGCAACUUCUGAGGCGAACGAGGGCCUGGGGGAGGUGAAAGAGAUCAAGGAUGAGGGGGAAGGUGGAGAAGGAGAUGGUGGUGCAGGUAGUUCUGGGUCCUCUGGGAUGAAUCAAACCGGUGGAGGUCAGAGCUUCGGCGGUGAGGAAGGUGGGAAUAAAACUACCGCCAAGGUAAACAAAACCCUCGAAGUUGGAGUAUCUUCUGGUGGAAAAAAUAACGCAACUACAGAAAGUGAGAACCAAAUCAACGCCACAGAGUCAAACGAGACAACUACGGCUGCACCAUUUUUGAACGAAACUUCUAACCAGAGCAUCACCACAGCAGCCCCGACAACCGAGGAUGAAAAUAACGCCACACUCGCCCCCGAAGAAGACAAAGAAACCAGUACAAUUCCGCCAGAGUACCGACAGAGCGGCACCGGGGAGGCGCGGAUUGGUGCGACCGUUACGCUAGCAGUGUACUUACCGGAGGGAACGGAAUGCGACAUGAUUGCGCCGUCGUUGAGCAAGGAGAAACUGAGCAACGAUGUGGAGGCAAAGCUUCCGGAUGAGCUGACAGUCACGUCGGACAAACUCGAAGUGAAUGUCGUGGUGAAGGAAUUGUCUUGUCUCGUCGCCGCAGCUGCUGGUACUAACGGCGCCGCUUUUCUGCAGACUAGCACCAACCAAGCCGCCAAUGCCAGAGACGAUAUCACCGUGACCACCGAGUCCGACGGCUUCGCGACGCUCCUGCUCGACAGCGAAAUGUCAGCCUCCGGGGCGGUAUCAAAUGCAAAAAUGUCUGGGUCAGGAAGAUUUCUACAUUUGUCAUGCAUAUGUUCCAUGAGCCAUGAUGUCUGUGAUGCAUGCCGUAGCAUCACAGAUUUUUAGAGGGCUUUGUGAUACCUCUACCGCAUGAGAAAUGCCCACUCCACGCAGGACAAACCCGACCCCUCUUGCUGGUCAUGCAAUGCAAAUUUUUUUAGAAUCCACAGACAGCAUCACAAGUUGUGACCUUCCAGACCCAGACACUUUUGCAUUUGAUAGGCGGACAUCGCGACGAAAAAGAUCGACGACUUGAAGCUCAACUUCGCAUACCAAAUGUAAAAAUGUCUGGGUCUGGUGGAAGAAUGCAACUUGUCAUGCCAAAUCUGAAUCAGGCAAAAAACUGUGUUGCAUGAUUGCCAAAAGUUGUGCACUUUUGACCUAAUCGAGAGGCAAUUUCUCAUGCAGGAUAGGCAUGAUAGAACUCUCACAGGAUCUGUCAUGCUAUGUCCUACAUGCCAGACCUCAUGGGUUAUGGAAAACCUGCAUGACAAGUCUGGCAAUCUUCCAGACCCAGACACUUUUGCAAUCCAUAUCGCAGAAGCGCUAACCGCGGCCCUGCCCGAGGCGUCGGCUUUUAUUGACUUCGGCGCCCAAGUCCUCGCUUUUGAGGUGAGCACGAAGAUCAACCGGGAGGGCGGCGCGGUGAUCAACGACGUCACGAAAGACGAUAAAACGACUACACAGUUUGGGCCGCAGGGGUUGCUGGAGGGAGAUAAGUCUGUGGAGAUCACUAUUGACACCGACAAAUACUCGACCACGUUCAAAUCACCCUCCUCGGGAAAAGGGCCGUGGAAGAAAUUGAACUUCACGAUGGAGAUCCCCGGAAUGAAUGGCGUGAACGUUUCCUUGCAGUACCCAGAAGGACAAGACGGCUUCGGCGAAGAGGAUUUGGUCGACCAGCCAGAGCCGGUGACGUUUGACUUCAACGUGCACAAGGUCAACGAAACCCACCCCCUUUUCUUCAACGUGACAAGGUUAGAUCAGAGCUUUUUCUUGAAGAACAUGGUGAACUUGCUCAACAAGAUGGUCGGGUAUCAUCGAGACACGAGGAAAGCGAAGUUAAAAGAAGAAAGGGAUAAUGUCGAGCAGAAAAAACUGCUGGAGCAAAGCAGAACGAGCAUAAAAACAGCACGGAGUUCCACCUCUGGUAGUCGUGAUUCGGCGCACCAAGACACCGAAGAUGAAGAUUUCGGCCACAUCCUGGACCUAGAUGCGGACGACGAACUCGCUGCCAACGUCGGCCUCGCGGACCGCCGCGACGCUUUGGUUCGGAACGCGAACAAGCUGUUGCGGCGGAAAUUAAAUCUCAAAGGAGAAAAGGGGAAGCUUGCUUUUCAGAAGUUGACGAAAGGGGACAUUGACGACUUGGAGGAUCACGCAAAGUGGCUGAAAGAGUUGACAAACCGGACUUUUGAAGAAUAUUUGACCCGGUGGCGGGAAAGGCAAGAGGCGUUGCGGCGGCAGCGACUCGCCGGGCAACGGGCGGAACAGGCGGAGAAGGAGCGGCUGCGGCGGCUGGAGGAGGCGGAGAAGGACGAGAAGCAGGGGGCGAGGGAUCUGAUCACGCAGAUCAAGAUCUACCUGGACAUGAUCCACGAGUUCGAGAUAAAAUACCACUUAACGCCGGACAAGUGGUCGCAGAUCAACGAACAGCAGGAGAUCGCACAGGUGGAGGAGGACGGGAAAGUGGUCGAGGCGGCAAAGAAGUUGGCCGAGGACUUGGCGUAUCAAAUGCAAAUAUGUCUGCGUCUGGAAGAUUCUAAACUUGUGAUGCUGUGUCUGGAUUCUAAAAAAAUUUGUAUUGCAUGACCAGCAAGAGGACUCCAGUUUGUGCUACUCGGAGAGGACAUUUCUCAUGCGGUAGAGGCAUCACAAAGCCGUCGAAAAAUCUGUGAUGCUAGAGCAUGCAUCACAGACAUCAUGUGUCAUUCAAAAUAUGCAUGAAAAACCUGGCAAUCUUCCAGACCCAGACAUUUUUGCAGUUGAUACGGCGCGGGAGUUGCAGCACCUGAAAAUCGUCGGGGAAUUGGUCGCGCCGCCACUGUCGAAGACCACGUUGUUUGUGAACAUCAGCAUAUGCAAGAAAAAAACUGUGUAAGUGUAAAUCUGUGACGCAGAAAAUGCAAAACAGUUAUACUUGUCAUGCUGGAAGAGCGUCAUAAGCUACUAUCUUACGUGUUUCCACUUACUAGCUGCGCAUGACAGGUUUUCCCUGUAAUGCAAAGCGAAUUUGUGAUGCUGCUCUUCCUACAAAGUUACACUUACACAGUUUUUUUCUUGGAUACAGCACCGAUGGAUCCACUUUCGGGCCCGGGGACGCGGAAAAAAGGGUGCAGGAAAAAGCGAAGGAAAAGCGGAAAAAAAUGUUCUCCCGACUCUGGUCGGCCGAGAAAGCGGACCGGAACUCCCCGUACACGUGCGACCCGGGAUUCGGACCGGUGGUCAGUCCCUCCGUGCCGAUAAAGCAGAUUGAAUGCCUGCCCUGUCCGAGGGGGACGUACUCGCCCAAGGGGGUCGUGUGCCGGCCCUGUCCGGCGAACACGAUGUCGCCCGCGGCUGCCACGCGGAUAACGGACUGCCUCGGGAACUGUCCGAAGGGGUAUGGAUGGGAAAAUCGCAGGUGCAGAAAAUGCGACAAGCUGAAGGAGUUCGCCGCGAGUCCGAGUUCCCCCUGCGUGAAAUGCCCCACGGGGACGGUAUGAGAGUGCACAACUCCCGCCCCUCCCCCUCAUUUGUAAUGCAAAAUACCAAACUCGCACCUUGCUCGUAAGCACUGCUAGCAUGACAAAUUUUGGAACCUCAAAUAGUAAUACAAUCUGCACGCUGAUUUGUCAUGGGAAAGCCCCUUUUUUGCUGUUGCUUGUGUUGCUGUAUAUGCCAUACAAAUAAGGGGGAGGGAUUGUUGUGCACUCUCAUAGACGGAAGUCGUGGAUGUGAACGACAAGAAGUGUCAAUCUCCGCCGGGUUUGAUGGAAGGCACUACGAAUGCAGAUCCGGGAAAAGUCGAACCCUGGAAGCUGUUUUGCUCCCCGAAAUGCCCUAUCAAAUGCAAAAGUGUCUGGGUCUGGAAGAGUGUGAACUUGUCACGCAGGUUUUCCAUGACUCUUGAGGUCUGGAAUGCGUGACCUAGCAUGACAGAGUCUGUGAGGUCUCCUUCAUGCCUAUUCUGCAUGAGAAACUGCCUCUAUCUAAAAUUGUUCAAAAGUGGACCUCUUUUGGUAAUCAUGCAACACAGAUUUUUGCAUGAUUCGGAUUUAGUAUGACAAGUUGCAAUCUUCCAGACCCAGACACUUUUGCAAUCCAUAUGCCUGCCCGGGCAGGAGUGGUCCGACGAGGGUGGCUGCAUUGACUGCCCGCUGGGAUCUAUCGCAAGAAAAAACUGUUUCACUGUGAACUUGUGAUGAAUAGAAUGGAAGACAGAACUAUUUGUCUUGCCACACCUGCAAGACCUCGACUCUUUAGCGGUGUUUUCCCUUUGGAAGCGCGCAUGGCAAAUUAUCUGUGUCAUGUGUAACAAACUUGUGAUGCAGAUCUUGCAAGAUCAUCACCGCUGUGAGACAGUUUUUUCGUGGGAUAGGAUCUUUUUCCCCGGAGGGGCAGAAGUGCCGGAAGUGCUUUCCGGAGUACACGACGCGGUAUCCGGCAAGCAUCAUGAUCGACGACUGCAUUCCGGAAUGCAAAGCGGGCUACUCCUGGGGACCAAACGUGAAAACCGGCGCGCUGGGGUGUAAGAUCUGCCCCCGGGGCACGUUCACCACGCCCUCGCAGAUCGCGACGAGUUUGAACUUUACGGCGAAGAGAUUGGACUGCGACUUCUGUCCCGAGGGCAAAUCGACCUUCCGCGAGGGUGCGACCAGCCGGUUCGAGUGCAUCGAGCCGGCGGUUUCCGACAUUCUAAUCCGCGUCCGGCCGAAUGAACCGGAGAAGUACGAUAAGAAAGCGCUGACUCUUUUGAACGACAUUGUUCUGAAGAUGGUGAACGACAAAAUCGGCGGGGCGACUCUUGAAGCCUACAACAUCACGGCAGAGACAACCCUGACAAAACCGACCGGGGGUUUCAUGCUACUGCAAUCCAACGGUAAAAUCGAGGAGCAGUACGUCGCGAAUGCGGAAGAUCAGCAGUACGCGGAAGUGAGGUUGAAAAUCGCAGAAAUUUUCCCAUCGUACGAGGAAGCGGCGAACUUGACGACAACCCCAAAACCGGACCGAACCCAAAAACCCUUCGACGCGCGGGGCAUGUGGGACGUUCUGAAGAAGGACGAAUCGUUGAAAGCGGUCACCAGACUGUUCUUCAAAGCGAUCGAGGUGACCUGCAAACCCGGGUUCGGCUUCAAGCCGAAUGUGACUGACGACGCGAUUUGCUACCCGUGCCCCGUCGGGUUUUUCGGUUUGGGGGGCAUCGAUCCGGAGUGCGAGCGGUGCGAAAAAGGGUGGUCCAGUUCUCCCGGGUCCACGGAGUGCUUUCCGGUCAACUGCAUGCCGGGCGAGGGGCUGUUCAGACAAGCGAAAAAGUGCGAAAUCUGUCCGCCGGACUUCUUCGGGAGCGGGAAGGAUCAGCCGUGUUUGCCGUGUCCGAACGAGAACACACACAGCGCUGCUGGGUCACCUGAUUUAUCCAGCUGCAAGGCGAAUUGCAAGUGGGGGGAAGGGUUCUUCGGAGGGAACAAGUGCAUGCAGUGUCCGGCGAACAGCUUCUCCGCCGGCGGCUCCGAUUCUUGCACCGUGUGCCCGGCCGGAACGGGCACGGGACCCAUUUUGCCGCAUGUCGUUCCCUGGACGUUAGACGAUCCCGACGGGAAGAAAGCGAUCAUCACCGGGUUCUGGCAGAAGACCCAGUGCGGGCUGUGCAAAAACGACGUGCACUGCAACGGCGCGGGAAUCGCCUCGGGGAACAGCUGGGACACCGAGAAGGGCGGGUGUCGGUGCGACUGCAAUCCUGGGUAUGCCGUAUCAAAUGUAAAAAUGUCUGGGUCUGGAAACUUGUGAUGCUGUGUGGCGUAUCAUGAGGAGGCCACAAUUGCUGGCUCAGCAUGACAGGUUUCUGAGCUUCUAGGUGUUGCCUAUUCUGCAUGACAAACUACGUUUCUGCAUGACAGAAAAGUGGGGCUCUUUGGUAAUGUGCAUGACAGAUUUAAGAGUCAUGCCAGAGAAGCAUGACAAACUUGCAUUCUUCCAGACCCACACAUUUUUACAUUUGAUAUGCCGGACCGAGUUGCAACUACUGCGCGGAAAACUACGCCCGGGACGAACGGACAAACAAGUGCAGGUCUUUAUCAAAAGGAAAAAUCCCCCCUCCCCAUAUCGAACGGGUACGCUUCCGGAAAUUUGUGUUGCUGAUUUGAGGUCACAAAUCGCGUUUGUCUUGCAAGAAGACAAGGGCAGAAGCUUCCGCCCCAUUAUGGAAGCGAUUUGUCAUGCUGUUAGGCCUAAAGGGGAGCCGUUUGCCAUGCUGAACAACUAGACCCAUACGCCCCUACCUGGGGGCGUAUCUGGCCGCAAUGCCUCUCUGUAAUACAGACCUGAAUCGUGUACGCAAAUCCAGCAUAAGAAACUUCGUUUCGAUAGGGGGAGGGGGGAUUUUUCAUUCUCAUAGUCUUUGGUCACCGAAAAGUGCCCGGACGCGGCGUUUCUGUGCAACGGCAGGGGGCAGCUCGUGAACCUGUUCGAAGAUGAGAUGACGAAGAUCUGCGAGUGCGUCUGCGAUUCCGACGUGUACGACAGGCGGAACAACUGCCAAACGUGCUCCGCCAGUCGCUUAUUGGACCCGCAGUCCCAGUGCGAGCGGUGUUACCAAAUGCAAAAAUGUCUGGGUCUGGAAGAAUCCGAACUUGUGAUGCUGCAUUUGGAUUCCAAAAAAAUCUGUAUUUCAUGACCAGCAAAUAAGGGAAUGCAAUUUUGGCAACGCGGAGAGGGCAUUUGUCAUGCGGAAUAGGUAUCGCGAAGCCCUCAAAAAGUCUGUGAUGCUAGGGCAUGCAUCACAGACAUCAUGGCCCAGGCAAAACGUGCAUGACAAGUCUCAGAAUCUUCGUACACCCAGACAUUUUUGCAUUUGAUAGGUGUUUAGACGACGACUUCGACCCAUUGACGAACUGCAAGGAGCGGAAAUCCUGCAUGCAGACCAACACGUGCGUCGCGCCGCCGGUGUUUUUGUCUCCCUUCUUCUGUCCCGCGGGGUGGCAACCGGUGAGGGAGGAAGAAAAAUGCAGGGAGAUCGCGAGUUCCUUACCGACUUGCGGGAAGGAGUUGGUGGAAAGACGAUCCACACUCUACGCCCCCUCGGACAACUACAUGACCAUCAUGCAGAACGCGACCUGCUCCUUCCUCUGCGCCCAGGACCCCGCGACCUGCGGCGAGCUCUGGGCCUCGGGCACGUCUCUGUCCGCCGUGGCGCCCGACGCGAUGGCCGCGGUGAACGCCCCGGCCGGGUAUGUGGAGCAGGUGAAGCACCGAUUACAACAGAAAGAGCAGGGUCUGGACGAAAACUCAUUAACUUUCACCGGCGGAAAUCUAGGCCUCCAAAUGCCAAAAGCGUGUUACUUCGUGCAUUGGGAGGAGGAGAAUUCCGUCGCGGUGGUAUUCAACGAUUUGGUGAAAAAGAAGUACGACAUGAAAGUUUACCCCGAAACAAAAACCGCUGCGCUCACCAUUCGCGAGAUGCCAAAGGCGCAAAUCGGAUUGCCGAAAUUUGACGACUUGAAGAAACACGACCCGAAACUGACGACCCCGAUAAUUUCAGCGAAUAAGCAGGAAUUCAAAUUCGAUUUGACCGACCCGCAGUGGCAGUGGAGAGAUAAAACGUCGAAAUUCAACAUUUUGCCGCAAUUUUCGGGCACGAAAAAUUUGAAAUUCGACGUCGAGACGUCCGAUUUAGCGCCAGAAAGUGUACUGUUCAAGAAGAAGACUUCAGUGGAGGAGGAAACCAAUUACCGGGAAGGAAAAACAGAAGAGAAAAAGCAGCGCGACUACUUGUUCAACGUAAAGGACGCGAAGGGGGAGGAAAAUGACUACGCGAUACGACAACGGGCUUUGCGGUUCGACGCCGUGCGGCCGGUUUCAACCUCGAUGGAAUUCGAGUUAGAGCAUGAGAAGGAUAGUAUUAGCACAACUGUAGGACGAGAUGUUGAUCCCGGUGUUGAGACCACUAAUUCGAGGCUGUUGGAAAAGAUCGAAAAGAACGAAAAUCUCAACGCCGAAGGGAAGGCGGACAUCACCUUUUUCACUAAAGCGAAGGACUUCUUCCACCGGGUGAAAAAGUUGACGUUUGGAAACUUGUGGAAAGAGGAAAAAGCGAAGGAAAAGGCGAAAGAGCAGCAAGUGAAAACCAAGAAGAAGAACCUUCCCCCUGCACUGGACCACAAAGCGGGUGGAAAAAGUGGCACAGUGGAAGCUUUGGCGAAGGAAAAGAAAAGCCUGCCGGCGCCUUUGGAGAAGGCCAAGGAGAAACAAGAGGAAGUGCAACUAGCGCCGGGAGCGGAGGGUGUGCACUACAAGAAAACUUUUCCGGUGUCUUUGGCAGAGGAAACUCGACAGGACACCACAGGUUUUAGACCGAGUUUGAGUUUUCACUUGAACAGUCCGGAAAGCGGUGAGGAUGCGGCGUUUUCAUCCCCUGGUGACAAAAAUGUUGAGCAAGAAGACCCCACGGCCGAACAAGAGCUUUCUCUGCUGCAAAGUUCCAAGCUCCAAGCCACCGGCGUCCUUUUCCAGCCGGCAACACUGUUCAAAGCCAGAGCGCGCAUGCUGUGCGAACGGCAGCAGGAACAAGGACAACCGGCGGAACAAAGUUUGUUGGCCGUCUAUUCAUCCUCGGGCGGUAGAGCCACUAGUUCCUACGAAAAGCAGUACGCGAUAGCCCCGUUGCCUAUGAAAGAUAAAUCCUUCUGCCCGCAGAACCUGCAGAGGAUCGCGCUGUUCAGCACCGAAGCAAAUGAAUUCUCAAAAUCCACCACCUGUUUCCCCACCUGCCACGCCGGCCAGCGCUGGAACGGCAAGCAGUGCGAGGCGUGUCCGGCCGAUAGCUUCAUGACGGAAUUGCACUGGUGGCGAAAGCGGGAGGAACCAGUGACCAACUGGGCGGGAUAUAACGAGCACACUUGCGAAAAGUGCCCGAGAAAUAGAAGGUUCACGAUAGGAGGAGUUCCUGCUGCUGCGCUUGGAGGACAGCAAUUCCUAUCAGCAUCACCGUCCAGGACCGGGAAAACGAGCAAGAAUCACUGCGUCGCGCCCCCACUCACAACCAUCCAGAUCCGAAUACCAAAUGGCGAGCAAUCGUUUCUGACGCUGUUGCAAGAGAAUUUAGACGAGGAGUAUUUCCGGCUGAGUAGCGACAAGAAAAAAACCGCGGUUUUAGAGGUGGUUUCCGAGGAAAACAAGGGAUACAUUUUCCAGCAGUUUUUCCAAAAAGCACUGAAAUCCACAAAGGGAUUAUCCAAGCUUAUCGAGCUCCAAGACUUCAGCAUUGACGACGGGAAGACGCCACAGCAGGUGGGAAACGCGAAGUCUCUGACGUUUUUGACCAGUUCGUUACCCGAGGAACUAACCAGCCAGCACGAACCACAGGUGACGAUCAACGUGAGGAUACGAACGACCGAGCCAGUGGAGCUGAUGUCCAAGCGGGAAGUGAGAAGCUUAAGAGGGUUGAAAGCGCUCUUAGCCGAAAAGUUGUUCCAACCGCAAUUCGCAACCUUCGCCGACGUCGCCGCGGCCGAUACGGAUAACAACCUCUCCAGCAGCUGCGCGCCGGGGUACGGAAAAAUUGAAAUACCGGAUGAAAGGAAUGAUGGAAAAAGUGAGCUGUCCUUUCUCUGCGAACAAAUCUGCGACGAGGGUUCCUUCUCUCCCGGUGGUGAUCACGCGGUGUGCACUGCCUGCCCGGAUCACACGAGCAGCUUCCCCGCUUCUGGUAAUUGUUUACCGACCUGCUCAGCCGGCUUUGGCCUGUCGGCGGCAGCGCCGAGGAGUACUUCUAGCGAGUCGUACGACAAGUUUAUUUCAUCUGGUGAAAGACAUAAUUCUGAAACUGCCUCUUCCCAAAAUAUCGGAACUACAAGUUCUACCUCCUCCCGCACCUGUGUCUACUGCCCCAAAAACCACUUCGGCCCCGGCAGACUGUCCGAGUGCCAAGAGUGCCCGGCGAGUCGCCCCAUUUCCAUGCCGGGGAGCUUAUCCAAGAAAAAAACAUUGUAGGUGUAACUUUUUUGGAGGAACAGCUGCAUUACAAAUUUGUCUGGCAUGACAGCAAAAACCUGUCAUGCGCAGAUAGUACGCGAAAACGCCCUUUAAUGGACCCUGCGAUGCAUGCCAAGCAUGACAGACGCAAUCAUCCUGCAUAUUGAGCAUCACAAAUUUACUUACACUAACAGCGUUUUUUUCUUGGAUAGAGCUCGUCAGUGGAGCACUGUCGGGUGAGUUGCAAGGACGAUGAGAGUAUCAAAUGCAAAAGUGUCUGGGUCUGGAAACUUGUAAUGCUGCGCUGGGAAUAGUGAAUGCUCUGUAAUGCCCAGGCAAGCAUGAGAAGUAUCUGCGCUUCUUUGUGUUACGUUUUUCGCAUGACAAACUGCGUUUUUGCAUGACAGGCACAAGGGUCUCUUCUUGGACACGCAUCACAAACUUUUUGGUCAUGCCAGACAAGCAUGACAAAUCCCAAAAUCUAGCGGACCCAGACAUUUUUGCAUUUGAUAGAGAGGUGGGUGCCCAGGAUUGGGAGAUGUGUUUUGGAGGACGAAAUGGAGGAGCAGGACUUGGCUCUGACGGAGGAAAGCAUGUUGACGCAUGGGGACGAGCAGUUGCUAUCAACAGAUGGAAUAAAUUCACCAGCAUCUUCGCCUCUUUGGCCCCAUGACGUCGUAGGGGACACAGUUCUAGGCGAGGGCAGCACGAGUGCUGCAGCUCCUCGGGAAGAUUCAUCAUCAUCUUCAUCUUCUCGUCUUGGUGGGCUUUUCCCAUGGAAAACCGCAAAUACACAAGCCGCACGGGAAGGGGAAGACGAAAAAGAAAAAGCCAAAAACGAUAUUGCCCCACAGCACCUGCUCCUUCCCGUCGCUGCUGAUCCGAAGAAGAAAAGAGAAAAAGAAAAACAAGCCAUUCUCGCCGAGGUUGGUCGAGCUGCGGAGCAAAGCGAGCAAGCGCAAAGAACGCAUGAAGGACCAGCAGGUGGACCACAACAAGACGAGCACUUCCUUUAUUCCCCGGAGGAGCUAGCUGCCGUGAAGAAGAGAGCGAGACAGGAACUGACGCUCGUGCAGUCGUAUCAGCCAAACUUACAAGCCAUGUCUCAAGAAUUGGCGGAGAGAACGGCGGAGAAGAAAAUUUUUGCCGAAAGCAACGACGAAGCAGCUGGCACAACUUCUGCGUCGUCCUCUCCUCGUGUAGAGGUAGCACGCACGGCGCAGCGUGGUAGUGCAGAUGAAGCAGGAGUAACAAUGGUGCACUAUGGAAAAGGAGCAGGAGAUGAGCCUGGAAAUAAAGGGAAAACUACCAGCAACCACGCUCCGAAUCUGCUCAUGACCCAAACAACGGAAAGCAGACCGAGCUCCGCUCCGAAAAAACCCAUCGGGUCUCUGGUGAAAGGCUUGUCGUUCUUCAGACAAACUAGAUAAAAGUGUACUUUUGUUGCGCCGCCUGAUUUUGCUUGUUUUCAAUUUUCCGUGUGCCUUCCUAAAAAUUUGGUCAUCAUCUUAAUCAGCCUGUACGUAGAUCCAGCGCUCCUUUUCUCAAUUGGUUGUGCAGAUGUAGAAUAAGUACUAGCAUGCGGGCACUAAAUCUUGAAACCAAAACUUUCCUAUGUAGCAUAGCUUUGAGACUUGAUAGAAACCGAAAACCUAGCGAGACUUAAGUGUAAAUUUGUAUUCAGCGAGGCUUAUAGCAAUGCAGACACCAGCACGACGGUUCUGUCUCUGCGCAAAAGCAGUCAUUUUUUUUGUGUCUCUCAACAACUAGCAAAUUGGAUAAAUUCCAAGAAUUUUUUACGUUUGAAGUAUAAUAGCAAAGCUAGUCAGAGUCCGACGUAGCACCACGCGGACAGAUAAAAUCAAAAAGUAAGAUGAUGAACAAUAUCACCAUACAUCCGGAUGAACACUUAGCGAGUUUCUUUGUUUCAAAUCUAGUGACCAGAAGAGAGCACGUCUCUACCACGACGCUGCGGCGCGUCCAGGGUCUGAUUGGGUAGCCGCAGCGAGAGCACGCAGCCGCAGGAUUUUUGGAUAAUAUACUCAAAGCCAUCUUUUUCUUUUUGAAUUUACGUUUACCAAAACCAAUGCUUCGAAAAGUUUCAUACAGGACCAGCAUAGGACAGCUUGGGUUUCUAGCUUGUUUCGCUUUACGUAGACAGAAGGCAACUUCAUCAAAGAGUUGUAUUGGUGAUAUGACGCACACGCAAACGCCACGCGAGGGCGCAAAAACAAGAGCCAAAACAGCUCGCGGAAUUUUGUAGCGUUUUUUGAAUUUAUAAAUAAUUAUCGGGAAAAGUUAAACUACAAAACGCACUCGGUUGGGACAACGUCGAGGUCUUUUGAUGAUAUCGAGAUGUUAGUUGUCUCAAAAAAUCGACACCUGAAUUAAAUAGGAACUUGAUCGGUAAGCAGCUGCUCCGUUUUCGGUUUUUUCUCACUGAUAUCGUGGUCUUACUACAGUCGCCUCGCAUAAAAUAUUUGAUUUUUUCUAGUGUCGGU